AUGUGUAAUUCUAGUCAACAGUUACAAGAUCAAAAACAGUUUAAUUUUGUACAGACUGGUGAAGCUGUCUUGUAUGCAUUGAAUGGCGGGGGUAGUGAGCUUAUAAUAGUCACAGUAUACAUUGAAAAUAUGCCGAUAAAAUUAGAACUGGAUACGGGGUCCACUUAUAGUAUUAUGGCGUUAAAUACAUUUGAAAAAAAUUUUAAAUCAAAACCAAUUGAAAAAACUAGCAUUGCGCUUAAGUCUUAUACAGGUGAGCCAAUAUUACCAACUGGUAGGUGUGAUUUGUGUAUAACAUAUAACGGUAAAACCGAUAUAAUUAAAUUCCUAAUAAUAAAAGGAGGAGGUCCUCCACUGUUAGGCCGUAAUUUUAUUACAACAUUUAAACCUAAAGUCGCUGAAAUUUUUAGCUUAGAAACAGAUCAAAAAGAAGAAAUUGUACAAAUAUUUAAAAGCUUGUUUGACUGUGGGUUAGGCCGGUUCAUAGAAAGUAAAGCAAAACUAAAUCUUAAGGAUGAGGCCAGACCAAAAUUUUGCAAACCUAGACCCGUGCCAUUGGCUAUCAAACCUAAAGUUGAAAAGAAAUUGAACCAUUUAGUUAAUAUAGGUGUGCUUAAGCCGGUGACAUAUAGUGAUUGGGGAACACCAAUUGUACCAGUGUUAAAGAAAAAUGGUGAAGUUAGAAUUUGUGGUGAUUUUAAAAUCACAGUUAACCCCAAUUUAAUUGUAGAAAAAUAUCCCUUACCCCGUAUUGAAGAUAUUUUCGCUAAAUUAGAGGGCGGGGUUGAAUUUUCAAAGUUAGAUAUGUCAAUGGCAUAUCAGCAGAUCGAAUUAGAUGAUCAAGCGAAAGAAUUUACAACUAUUUCUACUGCUAAAGGACUCUUUCAAUAUAAUCGAUUAGUAUAUGGACUGGCAUCAGCACCAGCCAUUUUUCAAAAAAUAAUGGACAAACUAUUGACAUUUUAA